CGAGAGAAAGAAAACGACAUAUGGAUGGGCAGACUUGUUGAGAAAAAAGAAGAUAAAAGAAGGAGACAGCGGAAAGAUACAACGUAGAAUGGGACUCGAGAUUGUUGUCGAGGUGGUUGGACGACAAUCGCGAAUAUCUGACUCGCGUGACAUGAGUGCGAAAGAGAGAGGAUAGGCCUCGAAAGAGAAAGAGGAAGAGAGAGAGAGAGAGAGGGAGAAAAGAGCGAUAAAGAGAACAUCGUACAAAGAGGAACGUUGCGGCGGCGCGCGCGCGAGUAUAUACAGUGGAUCAGCUGAUGAGGCACAACACAACACAAGUCAGUCGGUGGACGAGGUGGAAGGCAAAUUGUUUUCUUGCUGCUGCUUUCGUUGUUGGUUAUGGCGACGAGUAGCUCCGACGGCUCCUGCACGGCUCCCGCGGACUUUCAGCUCUCGUCCGAGCUAGAGGAUGCGUCGAGUCGCCUGAGCAUGAAUCUGCUCAAGUGCCCGUUGUGCCAUAACAGUCGUCGGAUUUUUUAUUGCCGUCAGUGCGUCCAAAACGGCGAUUUUAUACACUCGAACACCGUCUACUCGGAACGGUUCGCGGAUAAACAGAUGCGACUCGUACGACUGAAAGCUGCUAGAGCUCAAUUGGAGGAGAAGUGCAUGAAGGCUCUUGAGAGGCAUAAACAAAGAGAUAAGCUGAUUUGUGAUAUAAAUGUAUGUAAAGAAAAGAUGAGACUACUUCAAUCGUUAGUAAAUGAGACAAAGCAAAGCAUCAAUAGAGGUAAUCAACGUUUGAACACUCUGAAAGAUGUCAACUCUCAAUUGACUCUGCGAAUACCGAGGCAUGAAAACAGAAUAGAGAAAUUACAUAACUAUGUUAAUGAGAUAAAAAUGAAACAGGAAAACAGAAAGGAAGCUGUGGCCAGAAAAAGGGAGCAACUGAAGAAAGUUAUCAGAACUGCUGCCAAACAAUUAAUUCACUACAUUUUUCCAUUAUCUAAGGUCCAGCCAAAUAAAAGUUUGUGCAGCAGUGAGGAUAGUGAUAGUACCACUUCAGAUAUUGUCACUAGUGCAUUGGCAGAUGCAUCAGGUACAUCGUAUGUGCGUGGUAGAUGGAUAAGUGAGAAAGAGAAUUCUUUAGAAAUCCAUCAUUGUAUAGUUGAACCAACAUUGCCAGCAACAGGAGAUUAUAGUGCUUAUUCUCUUUGGGUUGCAGCAAAUAAAGAUGGUGUACCAGGUGCUAACAAAGAAAAUGCGAUGCACAAUCCAGCAUAUAAUAUUAGUGCUGCUUUAACUUAUGCUACACAAUUGGUUAAUGUUCUUGCCUAUUAUGUUAAUGUAAGAUUGCCGUACAAAGUUACUUGUGGAGAAUUUUGUGGAAAUGAACUGUCGGACCAAAAAUUUGCUAGAAAAGUAGCAAGGCUAAAUAGCAAUGUAUUACAUUUAUGUUUUACACAGAAUACUGAUAUCGAAGUUUUACAUCCCAUGCAUACAUUGCAAAACUUGAUGCAUUUGCUCAAUACCGAAAUUAGUGAUCUUGGAAGAGUUGGACCAAUGGAAGUUGAUCCAUCCAUAAUAGCACAACUUCAUAGUCAAUUAGUUCCUGAUUUGGAAAAUAGUGAUGAUUCAGCUUCUGAUGAAGAAGAUUUGUGUUGGGGAUGGGAGGCUGUAAGUCAUACUUCUGUACCAAGUAUCGCUUGUCCCGAAAUGGCAGUACCUACUUCUGGUGCGAUGAUUAGUCAGCAAGUUUCUAGUAUGCAAGUGCAUCAGAGUGUCGCUGGUGGUUUGGUCACAAGUGCAGCAGCCAGUAUCGCUUCGAUUUGGCGAGGUUGGACUAAUAAAUAAUUUUUAUCUUUCAAUCAGUAAGCUUCUUUCUAUAUAUAUAUUCUGAUUAUAUAUUUCGUAUUCUUCAAAUCAAAGAGAGAACAGAAAUUCUGAGGAAAUGAUUCAAAACAGACACGAUGUAAAGCGAUAUUUAUAUAAUAAUAUUUAUAUGUCAUGGGGAAGCAGAUAUAAUGCGAAAGCAGCAUGUAAAUAUUAUAUACAUGACUUUUCCUGACUUACACGUGACAUUUAAAGUAGUUCAAAUAUAUGCUGUGACACAGAUUUUGUUAAAUCUGAGAUAUCUAACUUAAUUCAAAACUAAAGUAAAUAGAAGAGGAUUAGUAAAAUAUAUAUACGACUGUUUAAUAUAAAUUUAUGGACAUUUUAUAUUUCAAUGCACCACCAGAUAAUAGUUUAGAUUGUGAUAUAUAUUAAAGUGGAUGUUGGUCUAUACAAAACAGGAUGUAUAUUAAUUAGCACAGAUAUAUACUCUUAUAGAAUUUGUUAUUGUAGAAUACAAGAGAGUGUACAAUAACUGCCUUUUCUAUGCUCACCGCAUUUGAUGUGAUUAUAUAUCCAUACAAAAGAGUAUAUACUUCCCUGUAUUAAAAAUAUGUUAUUAAUGUAAUAUUUUUAUAUUUCGGAGAACUCGUUUUUAAUAUAACCGAUAUUGGAAUCUGGUUGUAAAAAAUAAUCUUUGUGUAAGAUUGUGUGCCCAAUAUUUUACGAUCUUUGGCAACAAAGAAUUUCAAUUGCAAUAACAUAAUAUAUUUGUAUAAUAUGGAAUAAAAAUUAAUGUAUUUAUUUGAUGUAGGUCAAAAAUGAAUGCUGAAAUAUUUUGGUAUUAUUGUGUGAAUAAUAUAUCCAUUAUAUUAUUUAUUAUGGGUGAGACUAUUGUGUAAUAUUGUUUAUAUUUUCUACCAUUCUAGUGUAAAAAAAUAAGAAUUUGUUAAACAUUUCAUACUUAUUAACAUAAGAGACAAGUAUUAUAAAGCACAUUACGUUAUAAUUGGAUUUGAUUACAUUAAACAUAUUAAAAUGAGAGCAUAGUGUAAAUAUUAUAUUGUGGUCAUUGUGGAAUAUAUAAUAUCAUAAGAGACAUUCUAGUACACAAUUCUACAAAAUAGAAAUAGCUAAAAUAAAUUAGCUCAGUCAGUCUACAAUAAUCAUAUUUUUCUUUGUACAGUACAUUAAAAUUAAUAAGCUUCACAUUUUUAAAUAAGAAAAUAGUAACUUAUAUACCUGGCCAUCCUACAUCGGAAAAAGCCAAUAUGAAGGUAGUUAAUUUAUUGAAGUCACGAGCAUAGGCUUAAAUCCAUCUCAUAAUUAUGAUAAAAAUGCUUUUUACGCAAUAUUUGUACUAUCAAACAUUGAAAUUUCUUAUAAGUUAUUUUUUUAGAUAUUAUAAGAGUGGAAAUAUACGAAAACGAAGAUGUUGUGAAUAGAUAAAUAGACUUAUUCAUUAUAAUAUUAUAUAAUUUUCUUAUGCCUAUGUCCAAUUUUCUAAAUAAUGUUAUAGAAUUUUACAAUACAUGACAGAUAUAAAAGGAAUUUUACAAAUCACGUAAGAUUCUAGAUUUUAGAAUAUUGACAGACCUGAAUUUAUCUACGUAUAUAAUUUAACACACAAUUAAUUGUAUGUCUAAUUCUCUAAUUUAAUGAUGUGUAUACCUAAUAUUAUUUUUUAAUAUAAUCACUGCUUGCGUGUAGCAUUAAAAAGGCGUUACCAGGAUUCAGAUUUCAGAUUAGAUGCUUAAAUUGAAUUAGAUAAUAUAGCAAGUUUUAAAUUAGCGCAACAAUUUAAAUCGCACAUUUUUGUAAAUGUACAAUAAUAAAAUAUGUUAAAAAUAGCAUAAGCAUAUAUUGCAUACGUAUGUGGGUGUGCGCGUAUGAUCGAAUAUACAAUUUUUAUCUUAUUAUCGCAUAAAAUGGCUAUGUUUUGUCUGAACAAAGAUACAUUGUGAUACCUCGAAUAAACUAGAAUCUGUUCUUUUUUUUAAUGUUGCUGUAUAUUUAAGUAAUAUUAAUAUGAAUAUAUAAGAAAAAAAUCUCGUACUUUUUAAAUAUACUAAUAAUGGUAAUAUCCAUACUAUUUUAGAGAUCUUUUGUAUCUUCUUCAAUAUUUUGGAAUAAAUAUGUAAAAGUAA